AUGAAUCUGACUAUCGAGCUACCAAAUCUGCCUCCGUGGGCGCAGCAAUUUACCGGGAUCCUUCCUCUUACGGCGCUCAUUGAAUUCAUCGAGGAAGCUGCCAAACUCCAUGUAUUUGAGCUAUCAGAGCUUACGCCUGCAUGGUGUUGGCCAAUAUCGCCAAAGGGCGCUCGUGUGUUACUCUCCACAGACGAUACCACAAACGCAUGCUGUCUCGAUCGACCAUGUGCAGUGCCUACACUCCACUGCAUGGACGCAAAGUUUGGGUUGGGAACAGCUUUGUGGCCCUUGGGGAUUGAACUCGGCUGCAAAGGCUCUAUGUGUAUGUUGUGGAAGAUGGAACGUCCCAUGGUCCGUACGGCCCGAUCCGUCGUCUCAUCGACAUAG